AUGGUGGAUCUGACAAAUGCAGAAGCUGGACCUUCACAACCGCGUCCCAAACCAUUGCUACCAACCAGACCCAUCCCUGAUCCUCCUCCAGCUACGCCUCCGAGCACUUCAAAAUCUGCCAAAAGGAGAUCAUGGUUUGGACUGGGCCUCGGUUCACCGAGUGUGAUUACCAGUCCUACCAAUGACAAUAAUGCCUCUCCGACGAAGAAGGAUAGGAGAAAGAGUACAAGUAGUAUUCAUUCGAGCAGGGAAGGAUUGGAACUGGACCAUAUAGCCAGAGAUGGGAAAGGUGAAGGCAAGGACUCUUUAGGGAAGGAGGGUGGAUCAGAGGCAAACGAAGAAGAGUUAUUGACUAUAGAUGGAGAUCCGGAGAAAACGAUAAAGAAAAAGAAGAAAAGGAGAUCUAAGGGCGAUAAUGAUGAUGAUUUCGAAGUGAUGAGGAUGAAAGAUCUAAGUGGAAGUAACCAGCAGACACCUAGGUCUGCAUCUGAGCGGACGGUAAAAGUCGAUUCGGAUGAGCGUCAUACACCUCAAUCAUUCACGAUACGACAGCGGACAUUCUCACGUACAGCAAGUGAUCGUGAUCCAUUCUCGCCUCCUGAGCCAACAUCAUUCCCUCCCAACACACCGGCAUCAAGAUCGUCCUCAUCGUCUGUAACGAAUCAUAGACCCGAUAUUCAGCCACGUACCUCCUCGAGAUCAUCUUCAUCAUACUCGCCCUCACGCAGAAUUCUAUCUCUACAGAUAGAAAAGAAUCAACCUCCUAUACCGAUAGAUGUAGAUCGUCCCUUACCUCCUUUACCUCUCAAGAAUACUUCUUCAUCGACAUCUAUGAAACCACCUGUCAUGCCUAGGGGUAUCGUCGUCACUCCGAGUAGUCCCAGGAAAUUGUCCAAGACACCUAAGAAACCAUCAUUGACCCAGAGGAGAAGUAGAUCAGCGACUGGACAUUCGAGAAUACCAUCUUUGGCUUCCAAUAAGCGGUCACAUAGCAAUUCACCGAACCCGAGCAUCAUCCUCAACAAUACUCCUGGGUCAAAAAUUGGUCUUGGUCUUCCAUCAGCGCUGCUGCCGUCAGCAAAAUCGAAUACUCACACCGAAUCACCACCUCCUCCACCUGUCCCAUCCAAACCUCAAUCUGUAUCUUCCCCUUUUCCCUCACGCUCACCUAGUCCGAUACCCAAGAUAGCAUUUGUGGAACCGGAUGGUAUACCUGCGAAACAUGAAGAUGUCUCCUUACCGCCUUCGCAACAAGAAGAGAAAAGAAAGGUGAUAAGAAGGGCCAGGAGUUUAUCUGGGUUCUUUGGGAAAUCACCACCCAUUCCACCAGGGACCGAAGUUGAAGAACCGAUGCCGGUACCAGAACAAAGAGAUAGUGAUUCAGGAGAAAGCGUGGGCAAAUCUGGUGGUGUUUUGGAAUGGCUGGGAGUAAAGAAGGCUGUUAGAAGGAAAACUUCGGACACUCAAAUGAAAUCAACAGCUGGAGAUAGUGUUCCCGCUGUCAUUGACCAUUCAGAAGGUGUUGCUGGCCAACAGCAGCAAACAGCUAGCCGAGAGAGUCUCGAGCCCCCUAGGAAUGUCGAACAUGCUGUAUCCGAAUCGCAACAGCCUACACCUCGCCGACCGCAACCCAAUCUCUCCCCUUCUACCGCCACUAGUCUGCCAACGACUGGGCAAAGUAAAAUAUCCAGCAUUUUCUCGCGACGUUCAUCGACGAAAACGACAGACGAUGAGGGUGAGCCGCCCAAAAUACAGGUCGUUCCCAUGGCAAUCCCUAACGCUGGGAUGCGAAACCAAACUGCCCAAUCAUCGGAAUCAUCCUUCAAUCUGCCUACUCAUGAUCCCAUUUCACCUUUCAUUCCGGGAAGUGGACCGUGGGUAGCCACCCCCCAAAGCGAGAAGGAAGAGAGUGAAGUUCUGUUCAGUACUCCUGAAGCCGAGAUUAGUAAUUGGGGUCCAGGACGAAGACCAUGGAUGGACGGAGCUGAACGCCAUAAUUCCUCUAAAUCAUCAUCUAUAUCGUCACCGUUGGACUCACUGCCUGAACAAGGCUUACCACCCUCCCAAUCCCCUUUUAAAGCCCCGCCUACUUUCAGAGAGGGUAGAGUCAGAUCGUGGUCUGAUGCACCUCUGCCUCCUCAAAAGCUCGUCAGCCAAUCUUCUAACCCUCAUUUGCCCUUACCUCGCCCAAUUACACCAAAUAGUCAAUCGCCCUCGUUAUCGUUAUCUGCCUCGCCUCGAACACCAUCAAGACCCAAAUUGGGAGACAGGUCUAAUUCUGGCAACUCCGCUAUAAUAGGCCGUAUGAAAAGUGUAUUCUCGAAAUCUACCAAUCGUAGUAGAAGUAGUAGUCUACUAGGGAAGGGAAGUAAAAAUGCGGAGAUCGAUGAAUUUGGGAAUAUACCCAUGGGAGGCGAUGCAGGUAGAAGCCAGAGGAUGAGACCUUCCACUUCGUCCUCUUCGAUGGCUUCUUCCGGUGCGCUGAGAGGAAGGUCAAUAGGUGAUGAUAGUGGUCGACCUGGCGUCGAAGAGCUUCAGACGCGAUCACCCAGAACUUCCUUCACACCUUCCAUUGCGUCUUUUGGGUCUACAACUCGGCAAGAAGAGACCAAAGCCCAACGAAAGAACAGAGUACGAGCUUCAACUAUAUCACUUGCACCUACUGCAUACCAUUUCGCCCCUCCUCGACCAUCCUCGCCUAACCUGUUCCCUAUUGCUGCUACUCCACCGCGUAGACGACCCGGUACAAUUCACAGGAUAUCCAAUGGAUUGUUCGGUUCAGGUUCUUCCGGUCCAUCAUCACCUAAAACUUCCUCAUUACUCUUUCCCUUACCUGCUAGGUCGAGUGGGUCGAUGUCUUCUUCCACCGGCGGUGGAAUGGUAGGAUGGGAAGAUACUUCUGGGACGAGUACGACCAAUGGACCGUUGAGUCCUGGGACUAGCCCCAGACUAUCCACCGGAAGUAUCACUGCUGCCAUGACGAACUCGAUGAUCAAGCAGAUAUCACAAAGGCAAGAUGAAGAAUCACCUAAAGCGUGGUUGGAAAGGAUCGUUAACAAUGUACAGAGGGAUGAGAUUGCUAAUGUACUUGCUUCGAGUGGGGACGAGUUUCAUACCGAAGCUUUACAAUUGUACCUCUCGACUUUCGACUUUACCCAUAACGCCCUUGAUGUUGCUCUGAGACGGUUGUUGAUGCACAUGAGUUUACCAAAAGAAACACAACAGAUCGAUAGGGUCAUUGAGGCGUUCUCUAAGAGGUAUGAGGAGUGUGAACCUGGGUUGUUUGGUCACAAGGACAACACCUACGUCCUAGCAUUCUCAAUGAUGAUGCUUCAUACCGACGCAUUCAACAAAUCCAAUAAGAAUAAAAUGACGAAAGUCGACUACGUUCGAAAUACACGUAUGGAAGGUGUAUCGCCCAUAGUUCUGGAAGCGUUCUUCGAUAACAUCACCUAUACUCCAUUCAUAUUCAUAGAAGAUGAUAUGAAUCUUAAGAGAUCAUCCGGGUACGAAUCUUCUUCAUCGACCUUUGGACCUUCCACGCCUACUUUCACCAACAACCCCCUGCCUUCGUCUGUUACAAGUACGGGCGGUAUGAGUAUGAGUACGAGUGGAAAGGCCAAAGUGGACGUAUAUCACAUGAUCGUCAGAGGUUUACUGGGUACACUUAGAGUAAACAACAUAGAAAAUCAGAUUUCACCUGAGAACCCAUUUUCGUACAGAGGUACAAGACCGUUUCUCAACCUGGAUAUACUAUGUCAAGCUUUCGCCAAUGCCAAUAAUCUCAUUAUCCCUUCUUACAUCACUACAAAUCCUGUCACCAGCGUAGGUGGUAAGUUGACCACUCCGUCGAGAAGGAACACGGUGGGAGCAAAAGAUCAGAAAAUGGAAGAUCUGGUGUUAAGGGUGGUGAAAGUUGGAUUGUUGUCCAGAAAAGACGAAUCAGACCAAUCCUCCAAGAAAGCCUCUCGGAAAUGGAAAUCAUGGAGUGUCAUCCUCACUUCAUCUCAACUAUUAUUCUUCAAAGAUCCUACUUGGGCUCUUACGCUUCUCGAACAAAUUCAAUCUCUACGAGAUGCAGAUGACGAAUCCGGCCAAUUGCUCUUACCUCGUCAAACGUCUUUCAAACCUGAUGAAGUGUUCUCGCUCAAAGAUUGUGUGGCGGUUUUCGAUCGUACUUUUACUGCUUACCCCAAUACGUUCCGUUUCGUCAUGCCGCAAUCCCGACAAUAUCUCCUUCAAUCCUCUGACGAGUACGAGAUGAACGAGUGGAUAGGUCUUAUCAACUACGCCUCGGCAUUCAAGACUGUCAAUCUUAAGAUGAAAGGUCCGACCAUGCGAAAAGACCAAGUCGUCCUGGCUGGAGCUGCUGCCGCUGCAUCUCAUAAGCGAGAGUUGAAAGGUGCAGCGGUAGCUGCAGGAGGAGGUAAUAUGCCCCCUUUGGGAAGCGGUAGAAAAGCUUUCUUCGGCGAAAGCGACCCGCCUUCGAAUACCACUUCUGAUGAAAAUGGCACUGGAGAUACGAAUGAUCAAGGACUACGGUUGAUUGAUCAUCAUUCCACUAUCAGCCAAUCAAAUGGAAAUCCGAGAAAGAAAGUGAAGAACGGGAAUAUUGAUGUAGAUGGACCUGACCAGGUCGUACAUGAGGGUGAACAAUUGGAAGAAGUAUUUGGAGUGGUCAAAGCUGAAUUAGCAGCUGGUCGAGGUGAAGCUGGAUCAAACAGACCUUCAACCUCAAUUCAUCUGGUUCAGGAGAAAACACCGGUCAAGAUGGAUCCAAGACAUAUACAUACCUCGAGAGUAUCCCUAAUUUAUGAACACCUUAACACUCUACGCGAGAAAUGUCAACCCAUCGAAGGUUCUUUACGAUCAUCUUUGAUCCUGGUCAGAAAUAUAUCGCUCCUAACUCCAUUCCAAAAAUCGACUCGAGAUAAAAUAUCAUCAUCCAUCCCCUCCCUGGCCCACAAGAUUCGGAAUGAUCGACUGAACCUUACAAAAUUGAGAUUAUGGAUCAAAGUGUUAGAGCACGAAGGUGAGAGGGAAGAUAGGGAAUGGAAAGUUGUGAGACACGUUGCCUUGCAAGCUGCAGCUAGGAGUCUGAGGGAAGAUUCUCUGGCAGGUGUGGUCAAAGAUGUUAACAAUGCACAAGGGAUUGAAAAGGAAGUACCGAAACUGGAGAUAUCUGAUCCUAAUCAUUCCGAAUCAUCAUCUCCAUCACCACCUUCUUCUCGAGGUGCGAACGCGGAUGCGGAAGAGAGGAAUAGCAGGGGCGAGAUGACUAGUCCUGUGGAACUACCCGAAAUAAUCAGGAGAUCCAGUGAAGAACCUUUAUCCGUCGACCCCGAAGAUGCACAACAGCGAAGAAAACCAAGUAAGAGUGAUCAAUUGAAUCGAAAUACCGCUGGCGGUAUCAAUUCCGCCGGGGUGGGGAUGAGAAAAUCUAACUCUGCCAAUGACUUGUUAAAUCCCAAUACUUUUAUACAAUCUAGAAGAUCAAGUGAGAUUGAAGAAACACCUCGUCCUCAUUCUGGAUCUGCAUCGGAGACAUACGAUCUAUCUCAUUCUCCUAAUCUGUCGGUCGAUACGCCCAUGAUGAUGUUUACUAUGGAAUCGCCCUUAGAAAUUCCCUCGGAGAAGAUGGCCGAGCAAGAUGAGGGGCAGGGAAAAGCAGGAGCGGGUUAUCCUAACAAAGGAUAA